CCGUCUUCCGCAACACAAACCUGGGGGUAAUCUAUGAGUACAUGGAGAAAGGGAAUUUAGAAGAGAAUCUGUCAGGUUUGAAUGCAAACAGUGUUUUGAGUUGGAUAGGAAGACUUCGUAUAGCACUUGAUGCAGCACAAGGGUUGGAGUAUCUGCAUAAUGGUUGCAAGCCCCCAAUAGUCCACAGAGAUGUUAAAUCCACAAACAUUUUAUUAAAUGAAGACUUCCAGGCCAAACUAGCCGAUUUCAGGCUGUCGAAAACUUUUACGGUGGAAGGUGGCACUCAGAUAUCAGCAUCCAUUGCUGGCACCCCUGGCUACCUUGAUCCCGAGUGUUACAUGUCGAACCGGUUAACGGAGAAGAGCGAUGUUUAUAGCUUCGGGAUCGUUCUUUUGGAGAUAAUAACGAGCCGACCUGUAGUUGCAGUAACUAACAAUGAGAGGACUCACAUAAGUCAAUGGGUGAAUUCGAUGUUGCCGAUGGGUGACAUCAGGAACAUAGUUGAUCCAAGACUACAAGGAGAUUUCGAUGUUAAUAGUGCAUGGAAAGCUGUAGAAGUAGCAAUGGCUUGCUUGUCUCCAACUGGUGCAAGAAGGCCGACCAUGGAUCAGGUGGUAACGGAAUUAAACGAGUGUUUGUCUGAUGAAAGAGCUAGGAACAGGAGGCACCAUGAAGACGAAUCGCUGCGCUCGGUUCCUUUCGUGACCAUGAAUUUGGACCCCGAAUCAACUCCUCUAGCCAGGUGA